CGAAUUAUUACAUACUGUCGAGUACAACGGAUUCAGGAGAACGUGACUCACCUUCUUGAAGUUCUCCAAAAUACCUUAUAUUCUUGGUAAAUUCUAUUUCUGAUUGCUACACAUAUCGACAUAUCGACAUAUCCAUAUCUUUAUUCUGGAACAACCCACUCAGCUUGGUGUAUAUCAAGUCGUGGGUGGCGUUCCGCCAAUUGCCGACUUUCGCCCUUCAACUGCCAGUAGUUAUGGCCUGCCAAAGCAAUUCUACACCCAUCGAACCCUCCAAACAUGAUGUGGGUUGGAGGAGGGUUGUCCGUCAUUUCACUCCCUCCUGGUUCUCCGUCACCAUGGGCACUGGAAUAGUGUCCGUCCUCUUGAACACCCUGCCCUACAACGGCCAAUGGCUCUACUGGAUCUCCGUCGCGAUCUUCGCCCUGAAUGUCCUGCUCUUUGCGACCGGAUGUAUCAUCACACUUCUCCGCUACACGCUGUACCCGGAGAUCUUCUUCGCGAUGAUCAGACACCCUGUGCAGUCGAUGUUCAUCGGCACCUUUCCGAUGGGAUUCGCCACCAUCAUCAACAUGUUCUGCUUCGUCUGUGUCCCGGCCUGGGGCGAGUGGAGCCGGAACUUUGCUUGGGGACUGUGGAUCUUCGAUGCUGUCUUCUCCGUGAUCACGGCAUUGUCAUUACCUUUUCUGUUGAUGGCUCACGGGAGUGAGACCCAGCUUUCAUCGAUGACCGCGGUGUGGCUUCUGCCCAUCGUCAGCUGUAUCGUUGCCGCGUCGUCGGGAGCCAUCGUCGCGGACGUGCUCCCCAACCCGCAGCACGCCCUGUGGACGGUCAUCGUGAGCUACAUCCUGUGGGGCAUCGGCCUGCCGCUCGCCCUCAUGGUCAUGGUGAUCUACCUCCAACGACUCACGCUGCACAAAUUGCCCCCCAAGGCGGUGAUCGUGAGCGUCUUCCUACCCCUGGGCCCUCUCGGACAGGGCGGAUUCGGCAUUAUGAAACUCGGCAGCGCGGCGCAGACGAUUUUCCCGCAGACCCAGACGCUGACGCUGGACUCCGGAUUUGGGUCUGGGCCGGUGUUCUACACGGUAGGCUUCAUGGUCGGCCUGAUCCUCUGGUCGUUCGGCCUGGUGUGGCUCUUCCUGGCGAUUGCCUCGAUUGCGCGGUGCCGGAGCUUCCCCUUCAAUAUCGGGUGGUGGGGGUUCACCUUCCCGCUCGGGGUGUUUGCGACGAGUACUUGCCAGCUGGGGAAGGAGUUGCCGUCGGAGUUUUUCAGGGUGUUGGGCACGGUAUGUUUUUUUUUCCCUUCAUUCUUCCUGCGUAUUCUCUCCCUCUGUGUGGUGGUGUUGUGGGGAGUGGUGGGCGUGGGCACGUUGCAAGGGGUGCUGUCGGGCCGGUUGUUCUUUGCGCCUUGUUUGGCUGACUUGAAGGCUAAGGAGGGGGAGGACCAGCGCGGGGUCGAUGAUGGUUCGAAGAGUGCUUGA